AUGCAACGGCCAGAGAUGCAAGGAUGGAAGAACCAGCAUCAGAAGGAGCCCCUGCUCGCCGACGAGGGGGACGCGGUGGCCGCGCACCUAGGCCGCGGGCUCCGAGAAGCUGAUUGGUGUGAUGAGAACACUAGAAUAGUGUGUGAGCUUUUUGCAGACGAAGUGCAAAAAGGAAAUCGUGAUACCACUCAUUUGAAUAAGACCGGGUACUUGAAUAUGAUAACAAGGUUCAAGGAUAGGACUGGGCUUCUAUAUACUAGAAAACAGUUGAAGAAUAAAUGGGAUAAGAUGAAAACUGAUCAUGGUAUUUGGAAGCAACUCACUAAGCAGACAGGUUUAGGAUGGAGUGCAUCAGGGAAAGAUAUUGUCAUGACAGAGAAAAUAAAGGGUUGUACCAGAUUCAAGAACAGAGGCAUCCAGAAUGAGGAACAAUUGGAAAUUAUGUUUGAAGACAUUCGUAACACCGGUGAUGACCAUUGGUGUGCCUCUAGUGGUUUACCACCUUCCCAAGCAAGCCCGCCACAAUCUCCCAUUCCUGUUCAUGAUGAAGAUGAAGCCUUUAAUGAAGAUAGUGAGCCGGAGGAGGUGACACCUACAAGUGGGAGAGGGAAGAGAGGCAAAGGGGCUGAUAACGACAAAGGAAAGAAACCAAAGACAACUGUAGGUCAUUGGUUUCAUGAACAGAUGGGCAAGAUUGUGGAGAUGAACGAGAGAACAACUGCUUCUUUUGAGUCAAUUGCAAGGAGGGAGGACAAAUCUAGUUGCUCCAUAAAGGAUAUUUGCUCCAGUUCGAGGAAGCUUGAAUUGUACUGUAAUCACUGUUUCCCUUUUUUUUCUCUGAGAAAAAAAAAUGAAGACAGCGGCCGCCGCUCCCUGUAUCCAACGGUGCCCCAUGGGUGGUCGCCGGUCAAAUGGACGUCACCCGCCGCCGCCGCCGGCCCCAAUCCCACCUCGCCCCCUCGCUUUGACCCCACGGCGCCCGCGAACCUUCCUGCCCUUGACCCCUCCUCCCCUCUCCUCUCUCUAUUUAUCCCCCCUCCCCCUCCGCUCCCCGGCCUCCCCAAGAACCCCCCACUCCACUCCACCCCACCCCGCACCCACCGCAAGCGAGAGGCGAGAGCCAGCAGCCAAGAAGCAGCAGCAGCAGCAGCUAUGGUGGCGCAGCGCCGGGACGCCGAGGCGGAGCUGAACCUGCCCCCGGGGUUCCGCUUCCACCCCACCGACGAGGAGCUGGUGGCGCACUACCUCUGCGCGCGCGCCGCCGGGCGCGGCCCGCCGGUGCCCAUCAUCGCCGAGGUCGACCUCUACCGCUUCGACCCCUGGGACCUCCCCGAGCGCGCCCUCUUCGGCCGCCGCGAGUGGUACUUCUUCACGCCCAGGGACCGCAAGUACCCCAACGGCUCCCGCCCCAACCGCGCCGCCGGGACGGGCUACUGGAAGGCCACCGGCGCCGACAAGCCCGUCCACCACGCCGGCCGCACCCUCGGGAUCAAGAAGGCGCUCGUCUUCUACCACGGCAAGCCGCCGCGCGGGGUCAAGACCGAGUGGAUCAUGCACGAGUACCGCCUCGCCGACGCCGGCGCCAAGAAGCCCGGCAACGGCUCGCUCAGGCUGGACGACUGGGUGCUGUGCCGCCUGUACAACAAGAAGAACGAGUGGGAGAAGAUGCAGCAGCAGAAGGGGAAGGCGAUGGAGUCGGAGGCGUCGCUCUCCCACUCCCACUCCCACUCCGACACGCGCACGCCGGAGUCGGAGAUCGACGACGACACGUUCCCGGUGCUGGGCUUGCUGCCGGAGUUCGACGACAUGGGCCCCGCUCCCGCUCUCGCCCCCGCCCCCGCCGGCGCCGUCCUGCCCAAGGAGGAGGUGCAGGACUUCGUCAACCUCGGCGGCGACGACUGGCUCGCGGGGAUCAACCUCGACUACCUGCAGAUGCCCGGGGACGCCGACUUCUUCAACAACAUGCUCGGGUCGCCGAUGGGUCCUCCCAAGCCGGAGCAGGACGGCGGCUUCCUGCUAUUCUGAACCUGAUGGGCUCUGCUCCGAUUAGCUCUGCUCUGCUCUGCUCCGACCCCGAAGAGGGAUGCAGCUGCAACUGUGAAUAGUUCAGAUUUGCUUUCCAUUUAGAGAAACAAAAAAUUCCUGCUAAUGCCUGGUUGGUUGUAGUGCCGUAGACCGUAGUGGUGUAGUGCAGAAGUAGUGGUGGUAUGCAGGUCAGCCAAGGAUUGGAGUCCAGUGUAGGACUGAAGCUCAUCAUUGGAGCUUGUGAUCAGUGACAAAAUUCUUUCGUUUCUGGUUCAGUAAUUUAUCAUCAUUUAGAUUUGUUUCUUCAGAAUUCAGAUGGGCAAAUGACAUUCAGCCGUUUUGUGUUCCU